AUGAACAUUUCAGAAGUAAACGAGCAACAGAGACGAUUUUUCACCGACUCCUUCGGUGGCAGUAUCGAUAGCGGAGCUAAAGGCGAUGGUAGUUCGAGUCUGGGUGGAAGUGUACAUACACCAGUAGGAAGUGUGUCCGGCCACGCCCACUUUUCUCAUGGUGAUCUAUCUGGAGGUGAUGUUGGUGUAUCUGGCAAUGUGGGAAAGUUCGGAACAGCUGGUGUCCAUGCCAACUACGACAAUGGACACCUAAGUGGAGGGGUCGAUGCCGGAGUUGAUUUUGGAGGCAUUGCACAUGCUCAAGGACAUGUGGACAUUGAUCACAACCUCGACGUUAGUGGAGGAGUAAACGCAGGAGUGGACCUCGGAGGGUUUAAGGAGACAGCCACACUAGAUGUGGACCACAACGGACACACUACAGGAGGGAUACAGGGAACAUUCGGAAGGAGAGAAGUAAACGAGCAACAGAGACGAUUUUUCACCGACUCCUUCGGUGGCAGUAUCGAUAGCGGAGCUAAAGGCGAUGGUAGUUCGAGCGUGGGUGGAAGUGUACAUACACCAGUAGGAAGUGUGUCCGGCCACGCCCACUUUUCUCAUGGUGAUCUGUCCGGAGGUGAUGUUGGUGUAUCUGGCAAUGUGGGAAAGUUCGGAACAGCUGGUGUCCAUGCCAACUACGACAAUGGACACCUAAGCGGAGGGGUCGAUGCCGGAGUUGAUUUUGGAGGCAUUGCACAUGCUCAAGGACAUGUGGACAUUGAUCACAACCUCGACGUUAGUGGAGGAGUAAACGCAGGAGUGGACCUCGGAGGGUUUAAGGAGACAGCCACACUAGAUGUGGACCACAACGGACACACUACAGGAGGGAUACAGGGAACAUUCGGAAGGAGAGAAGUAAACGAGCAACAGAGACGAUUUUUCACCGACUCCUUCGGUGGCAGUAUCGAUAGCGGAGCUAAAGGCGAUGGUAGUUCGAGUCUGGGUGGAAGUGUACAUACACCAGUAGGAAGUGUGUCCGGCCACGCCCACUUUUCUCAUGGUGAUCUAUCUGGAGGUGAUGUUGGUGUAUCUGGCAAUGUGGGAAAGUUCGGAACAGCUGGUGUCCAUGCCAACUACGACAAUGGACACCUAAGUGGAGGGGUCGAUGCCGGAGUUGAUUUUGGAGGCAUUGCACAUGCUCAAGGACAUGUGGACAUUGAUCACAACCUCGACUUUAGUGGAGGAGUAAACGCAGGAGUGGACCUCGGAGGGUUUAAGGAGACAGCCACACUAGAUGUGGACCACAACGGACACACUACAGGAGGGAUACAGGGAACAUUCGGAAGGAGAGAAGUAAACGAGCAACAGAGACGAUUUUUCACCGACUCCUUCGGUGGCAGUAUCGAUAGCGGAGCUAAAGGCGAUGGUAGUUCGAGCGUUGGUGGAAGUGUACAUACACCAGUAGGAAGUGUGUCCGGCCACGCCCACUUUUCUCAUGGUGAUCUGUCCGGAGGUGAUUUUGGUGUAUCUGGCAAUGUGGGAAAGUUCGGAACAGCUGGUGUCCAUGCCAACUACGACAAUGGACACCUAAGUGGAGGGGUCGAUGCCGGAGUUGAUUUUGGAGGCAUUGCACAUGCUCAAGGACAUGUGGACAUUGAUCACAACCUCGACGUUAGUGGAGGAGUGAACGCAGGAGUGGACCUCGGAGGGUUUAAGGAGACAGCCACACUAGAUGUGGACCACAACGGACACACUACAGGAGGGAUACAGGGAACAUUCGGAAGGAGAGAAGUAAACGAGCGACAGAGACGAUAUUUCACCGACUCCUUCGGUGGCAGUAUCGAUAGCGGAGCUAAAGGCGAUGGUAGUUCGAGCGUUGGUGGAAGUGUACAUACACCAGUAGGAAGUGUGUCCGGCCACGCCCACUUUUCUCAUGGUGAUCUGUCUGGAGGUGAUGUUGGUGUAUCUGGCAAUGUGGGAAAGUUCGGAACAGCUGGUGUCCAUGCCAACUACGACAAUGGACACUUUAGUGGAGGGGGCGAUGUCGGGGUUGAUCUUGGAGGCAUUGCACAUGCUCAAGGACAUGUGGACAUUGAUCACAACCUCGACUUUAGUGGAGGAGUGAACGCAGGAGUGGACCUCGGAGGGUUUAAGGAGACAGCCACACUAGAUGUGGACCACAACGGACACACUACAGGAGGGAUACAGGGAACAUUCGGAAGGAGAGGUAAAGCUUUAUUUUGA